UGAGCUGGAAGCUUCUUCAACAGCAACAACAACCUUUUUAUCUGAACACAAACUAUUGAUCACAUCUGAUAUUCACUCACAGCAUGUUAUCUUCCAGUGGUGCACUAAAUGAGGAGCUCCAGUGCUCCAUCUGUCUGGAUGUGUUCUCUGAUCCAGUCACCACUCCAUGUGGACACAACUUCUGCAGAACCUGCCUGAUCAAGUGUUGGACAAACACACAUAUCUGCUUCUGUCCAUUCUGCAAUGAAAUAUUCAGCAGAAGACCUGAUCUCAAGAUUAAUACAAAACUCAAAGAGGUUGUGCAGCACUUUAAUGAGAAGCUCAAUCUAGGAAGAUCUGAGGUGUUCUGUGACUUCUGUGAUGAAAGAAAGCAGAAAGCCGUGAAGUCCUGCCUGACGUGUCAAAGCUCUUACUGUGAGACUCACCUGGAGCCUCAUCACAGAGUCCCACGUCUAAAGAAACACAAACUGAUCAACGCUGUGGAAAAUCUGGAGGAUUAUAUAUGCCGGAAACACGAGAGACCUCUGGAUCUGUUCUGCAGAGAUGAUCAGACGUGUGUGUGUCUGUCCUGCACUGAAGGAAAUCAGCUGCUUCAGACACAGACAGACGUGCAGCAGAUGAUCCAGAACAGAAUGAAGAAGAUUCAAGAGAUCCAGCUCUCAGUAGAGGAGAGAAAGGGAAACACAGAUAAAGAGAAAUCAGCCAGUGUUGGGCUCUUCACUGAUCUGAUCCGCUCCAUUGAGAGAUGUCAGUCUGAGCUGCUGAAGAUGAUGGAGGAACAGCAGAAAGCAGCAGAGAAACAGGCUGAAGAUCUCAUUAAAGAGCUGCAGCAGGAAAUCACUGAUCUGAAGAAGAGAAACACUGAGCUGGAGCAGAUCUCACACACUGAUGAUCAUCUGCACCUCCUACAGAUGUUUUCAUCCCUGUGCAGUCAUCCACACACCAAGAACUGGACUGAGAUCAGUACUGAUUCUAAUAUGGACGUGCUCCCUAUGAAAAGAGUUCUGAUUCAGCUGAAGAAAACUCUAGAUAGGAGUCUAAAUGAAAAACUCAGUCAAUCUGGGUUGAAGUGUGUACAGAAGUUUGCAGUGGAUGUGACUCUGGAUCCUGAUACAGUGAAUCCAUAUCUCAUCCUGUCUGAUGAUGGAAAACAAGUCAGUCAUGGAGAUAUUGAGCAGGACGUCCCAGAAAACCCAAAGAGAUUUGAUGUCUUUUCUUGUGUUUUGGCAAAGCAGGGAUUUAGUUCAGGCAGAUUUUACUAUGAGGUGCAGGUGAAGGGAAAGACUAGGUGGGAUUUAGGAGUGGCCAGAGAAUCUAUAAACAGGAAGGGAGAGAUCACACUGACUCCUGAAGAUGGAUACUGGACUCUGAUUCUGAGGAAUGAGAAUCAGUAUAAAGCUUGUGAUAAUCCGUCGCUCUCUUUAUCUCUGAAAGUGAAACCAGAGCAGGUGGGAGUGUUUGUGGAUUAUGAGGAGGGUCUGGUUUCUUUUUAUGAUGUAGAGUCCAGCUUUCAUAUCUACUCUUUCACUGGUCAGACAUUCACUGACAAACUCUAUCCAUAUUUUAGCCCAGGCCAUAAUGAUAAAGGAAAAAACUCAAACCCACUCACUAUCUUACCUGUUAACAAAUACAUUCUGUGCCCUGAAAUAUGCCCUGAAUUGCCCUGAAUAUACUGUUUUCUGAAGGGAGGUGUCAGGGUUAUGGACCUGUUGUCUGUGUGUGUUUCCCUCCAUGUGCCUGCCCUGACCCAGUUUCCCGUGUGUUUGAUUGUCCAUUUGGUUCAGGUGUGUCUAGUUAAUUAAGGUUGUUACCCCAUGUAUUUAAGUCCUAGUCUGUGCAAGCUGUUUCUGGUGGGUCUACUAAGUUGUGUUCCUGUGUCAUUCCUCAUUCCUGAGUUGGAUUUACCCCUGUGUCUUGGAUUUAAUAAAGACUAUUUUGUGUAUUCUACGGCUCCGUGUUCCUUCUGGCAGUGAUCAUGACAGGAGGAAAACGCCUAAUGUUUAAUUAAACACAUUGUGUUAAUAUUCUGGGCUUAUGUGCAUGUUUUUUUAGCAUCACUGUUGUAAUGGAGAUGUGGAUCCAAAUGCAGGCUUUAAUAGAGAACAUAGUCAGGCAGGCAGGGUCCAGCACCAGCAAACAGCAACAUCCAAGGUAAUUCAAAAGGGUAAUCCAAAAACAGGAAAAGGUCUGGAUAGGCAGCAAACAAU